AUGCAAUCCAUAUUUCACAUUGAUUUGAUGCAGACUGAUCCUGAUGGACGAGACUUUGCCAUCCAGCCCUUCCUGGAGUGCUGUGAGAGCAUGCACUUGUCCAUGUGGUUGACAGCUGUAUAUGCCCACAAAACUCUACUUCUGUUUUUUGGCUGUUUCCUGGCCUGGGAGAUGAGGCAUGUGAGGAUACCUGGGUUGAAUGACAGCAGGUUCAUCAGUCUCAGCAUGUGCAAUAUGGGAAUCAUGUCCAUCCUUGGUCUUGUGCUAGCAGAACUGACCCGAGACCAGCCCAGUGCACAGUUCUGCACCAUGGCUCUAAUCAUCAUCAUCUGUAACACCAGUACCCUUGGUCUGCUGUUUGUUCCGAAACUGGAUCAUGAGCUGGAGGACAUAACCAUGCAGCUGCAGGAUACUGACGAGUUGAGCCGUCCAGCUGCACAGGAACACUUUGUGGAAAACCUCACUAACACUGGCAGUAGUGCAGAUGUAUCAGGUAAAUGUGCAGACAUGGCACACUACGAAGAUGAGAGCUUUGAUUACAAUGGGACGGACUACAGUGAAUAUUAUCACUACUCAUCAGUCGAUUUCGAUGAUGGACCAUGUUACAGCUCCAGUGUGAGGGAUUUUGGCCAAGUCUUCCUGCCUGCCCUGUAUAGUUUGGUGUUUUUGGUUGGCAUCAUUGGGAAUGGGCUGGUGGUUUGUGUAUUCGCCAAAAACCGUAAGGAGUGUACCAUGGCUGACAUGUGUCUCUUUAACCUUGCACUGUCAGACAUCCUCUUUGUCCUGACGCUUCCUUUCUGGGCUCACUAUGCAGCCGUGUCCCACUGGACGUUUGGUGACUUCAUGUGUCGGGUAGUGACGGUGAUGUAUACGCUCGGUUUCUACAGCAGCGUCUUCUCCAUAAUGAUCAUAACCAUGCACCAUUACGUGUCCAUCGUCUGUACACGAAUGAAAAAAAUCCCUCUUCGUUCGUUCCGGGCGGCCGUGAUUCUGAUGGGAUUCGUGUGGUUUCCCAGUUUCUGUGCCUCCUUACCCACCAUCGUUUUAACGCAUGUAGAAAACAAGACAGGGAGGUGUGCGCCAGACUUUCCAGACGGUACAGUGUGGAAACAGUUCAUGUAUCUGGAGCAAAUCAUACUGGGCCUGAUCCUUCCUCUCGCUUUGAUGAUCUUCUCAUACUCUCAAGUGAUCCCAGUUGUGUUACGCACGCGACUGUCAAAAAAGCAAAGAGCCGUCAAAAUCAUUCUUUUAGUGGUCACCGUAUAUUUCAUCUUUUGGGCCCCUUAUAAUGUCGUCAUCUUCCUGCACUAUUUACAAACACUGGGCUAUUUCUAUGAGUGUGACGAGAUGACUAACAUUAACUUGGCAAUGCAGUGGACCGAAACGAUUACUUUCAUUCACUGUUGCCUGAACCCGCUCAUCUACACUUGGGUCAGCCAGAAAUUUUCAAGACAGGUUCUGAAGAUAUUGAAGAAGUGGUUCUCCAUCUGUUUCAGCUACGGAAAAUGUCCUCAAAUCAGCAGAGAACCAUCAGAGAGGAGAAGCUCUGUCCACUCCAACUCCUCAGCAGUGAGCUCCCCCAUGCUGCUGUAA